UGGAGCUCCUGGUUUUCACUUGGAUCAAACGUCCCCGCUGUUCUCACCUUCACUUGGUGUAGCAUCAUCUGUGUACUCACGUGGGCUUGUUAUAACACACCACUGGAAAUUAAUGGAUUUUCACUAAAGUGGUUCAUUUCCCAGCUAGAAUGGCUGAGAAGGAAGCACGCAACCACAGGAGGGAGUCGCAGAAUGGCUCCACCAGUCACGCCAAAGAUAAGAGCUCAGAAAAGGCAACAGUUCUUCACAAAAAUGUUGGCCUGAUGAGCGGCAUUUCUCUAAUUGUGGGAACGAUGAUUGGAUCUGGGAUCUUCAUUUCCCCUAAAUCUGUUUUGCUCUACUCGGGAGCUGUGGGACCUUGCCUCCUCAUCUGGACUGCCUGUGGAGUGUUAGCCACUCUGGGUGCAUUGUGCUAUGCUGAACUCGGUACCAUGAUCACCAAAUCAGGAGGGGAGUACCCUUAUUUAAUGGAGGCCUUUGGCUCCCUCUUGGCCUACCUUUACUCCUGGACCACCAUCAUGGUUCUGAAGCCAUCCUCCUUCGCUAUCAUUACUCUGAGCUUUGCAGAAUAUGCCUCUGCUCCGUUCUACCCAGGCUGCACUCCUCCUACUCUGGUUAUCAAAUGCCUCUCAGCAGCUGCUAUAGUCAUAAUCGUCAUUGUCAAUUGCCUGAGCGUCAAACUAGCGAGCUACGUGCAGAAUUUUUUCACAGCAGCCAAACUUGUCAUCAUCAUUGUCAUUGUGGCAGCUGGCAUCGUUCUACUGGCGCAAGGAAACACAGAAAACUUGACAAAUGCCUUUGAAGGCUCAUCAGCAUCUGUUGGAGCAAUUGGACUUGCAUUCUACAAUGGGCUCUGGGCUUAUGAUGGAUGGAAUCAGCUAAAUUUUAUCACAGAGGAGCUGAAGGACCCAUUCAGAAAUCUGCCGCUGGCGAUCAUCAUCGGCAUCCCUUUGGUGACCGUCUGCUACGUGUUGGUCAACGUUGCCUACUUCACCGUCAUGACCCCCACUGAGCUCCUGGUGUCUCCAGCUGUUGCCGUGACUUUUGGAGACCGAGUACUUUACCCUCUGUCUUGGAUCGUCCCUCUCUUUGUUGUCUUCUCAACGUUUGGAUCUGCCAACGGAAGCUGCUUCACUGCUGGAAGGCUGGCUUAUGUAUCUGGCAGAGAAGGUCACAUGGUAAAGAUCUUAUCCUACAUUAGCCUGAGGCGAUGCACUCCAUCACCAGCGCUUUUAUUUAACGGUGUUCUAGCUAUUUUUUACAUCAUCCCUGCAGACAUUAACACACUCAUUAAUUACUUCAGUUUUGCUCAGUGGGCGUUUUAUGGUCUAACAGCUCUGGCUCUCAUAGUAAUGCGCUUCACCAGGAAGAAACUCGAUAGACCUGUAAAGGUGCCGAUUGUACUUGCUGUUCUCAUGGUUCUGGUGUCAUGCUACCUGGUCUUGGCACCUAUCAUUGAUAAACCCGAGCUGGAGUACCUUUACUGCACCAUCUUCAUCUUCAGCGGACUCCUCCUUUACUUCCCGUUUGUAUAUUGGAAAGUAAACUGGGCACGCAGUUUCAUGAGACCCAUCACUAUGCAUCUCCAGCUCCUGAUGGAGGUAGUUCCUCCUGAGAAGAACGAAUGAGAAGGGACAUCCUGCUCUGCUAAGUCUUGAAGAUUUCUAGUCUUACUUUGGCGGUCUCUGUGUGAUAAUAAGAUGCUAAGAUAUCAUCGGAAAUCAGAGUGUCAUUGUUUUUAAAAAACAAAACUUGAUCCCAAAACUAAAGCUAUAAUUUACUUUUGAGUGAAACUUAGAAUACAAAAGAAAAUAGACAUGAUUAGGGUUAGAAUUCUUAUUUAUAUGCCAGAAAACCAAAGGAUAUAGUAACAAGGUUGACAGACACACAGAAUCCAAGAUGGCAGCACCUCCUUUGUAUGUGAAAUGUUUGUCUGAGUUCACCAGUUUUUAAGGACUUUUUAUCCUAUAUAUUUUAACAAGAUUUUAUAGCAGACAAAAGUCUCUCUGAAGCAAACUGGCUGGGCUAGAACAAGCUUUUAGCCUUCUAUCUGACUGAAAUUUGAACCAAUUACACUCUCAUAGAGCAAACUGGUUUGAGUUUGGGUUACCACACCCAUCUUUAAUUCCGGGCCUGUGCCUGCCAUCUCCUUCCAAAGGUGACCAGCUUAGGUCAGCUGUGUUCACCUGGAGUAAACCCACUCAAGCCAAGGCCUGCUACAUCAUUCUGAAGCUUACAGGUCUGUAACUGCUUCACUCAUCUGGAACCACACAGCCUGAGCCUUCAGACAUCCAAUUGGAGUUACCAGGCCUAAGCCUGCUGUGUUCUCCUGGGGUGGAUCAGCUUGGGUUUGCUGUUUGCUGUUGUAGCGAGUCAACACGAGCCUUGGAUUCUUACAUCUCCUGGAGCAAAUUGAACCGAGCCUGGGCCUGCUACAUUGUCUGGGAGCGAACCAGUCUGAGCCCAGGCUAGUUGUGUUUACUUAGAGCAAACCAGCGCUAGGAUUGCACCUUGUGUCUUUUGCCAGGCUUGCCCCCCACGGAGGUCAGUACUAUUCAACACUGUCAAGAGUUAAACAAGGUGGACAAUGGCGCUAUUAGUUCAGGGUGUCCGCGGGGUUUUAAAAAGUAUUAAAAAGUGAUAAAUAAAAAUAGUCAAAUUUACAGAUCUUAGCGAUCAUUGUGUUGUUGCAGUAUGUAAGGAUGUCAAGAUACCAAAAUGUAAGCCACGUAUAAUUUGUAAGAGUAAUCUUAAACAUUUUAAUGAACAAGCUUUUCAUCAUGAUUUAUCAGCAGUGAAAUGGGGAGAUAUAGAUUUAUUGCCAGACGUGGAGUUGGCUUGGACUUUUUUUAGAGAAAGUUUUAUGCAAAUUGUAAAUCGACAUGUUCCAUUAAAAAAAUGUAGGAUUAAGGGCCGUGAAAAUCCUUGGUUUUCACCAGAAUUGGCAAACAUGAUACAUGAACGAAAUAGAGCUUGGGACAAGGCAAGAACAACAGAGUUGACUACUGACUGGUCUGUUUUCAGGCAGCUGAGAAAUAAAUGUACUUCUCUGAUCAAAAAGGCAAAAUCUGAAAAUUUUCUAUCAGUCACCACAGAAAAUCUUAAAGAUCCUCAGAGAUUCUGGAAAGUGAUCAUGUCUUUUGCUGUGGAAAAGAUCUCUCAGGCUCUUCCUACAUUUUUUCUUAGAGAUUCAGUUCCAGUUUAUAACAGACUCGAAAUCUUAAAUUGUUUUAACGAACAUUUUCUUUCGGUGGGUUCCCUGUUUAAUUUUGUAGGAACCCCUUUGAUAAAAUAUGGCAUAAUACCCCCAGAUUUUUCUGGAGCUCCUUUUAACUUUAAACCUUUUACAGUGCAUGAAGUUCAUAAAGCUUUAAAAAGCAUAGAUCACAGAAAGCCACCUGGACCUGAUUUUAUGGAACCUUAUUUUUUAAAGAUGGCAGAGGAUUAUGUGGCAGAGCCACUUUCAAUUCUUUUUAAUCUUUCAAUUAACUCCAAAGAAAUUCCAUCACAGUGGAAGUCAGCAUAUGUUUUACCAUUAUUAAAAGGAGGAGAUCCAGCAGUUUUGAGAAAUUAUAGGCCAAUAUCAAAUUUAAGCGUUCUUUCCAAGAUAAUGGAGUCACUUGUCAGUGUUCAGCUAAAAGAGUUUUUGUCUAUUAAUGACAUCCUCUCGAAAUGUCAAUCAGGUUUUAGAAAAGGGUACAGCACUACUACAGCUGUUAUGAAGGUGGUUAAUGAUAUUAUAGUAGUACUUGAUAGGAAACAGUUUUGUGCCUCACUGUUCAUAGACCUAUCUAAAGCUUUUGAUACCGUUGACCAUGCUAUUUUAAUAAACAGAUUAAUAAGCCUUGGGUUGUCAGAACACUCAGUAGCAUGGUUCUCAAAUUACCUGACUAACAGGACACAGUGUGUUAAAUGCGAGGAUCUUUGCUCUGAUUUUGGGGCUGUCCAGAGGGGGGUGCCCCAGGGCUCAGUCCUGGGGCCCCUCCUAUUUAUUUUGUACAUCAAUGACUUGGGCCAAAAUAUUAAAGAUGCUAAUAUCCAUUUCUAUGCAGAUGAUACGAUCAUCUAUUGUUUUGGAACAUCACUUUCUCAGGUUGUUGAAUCCUUGCAGAAAGCAUUUGACUUAGUCCAGCACUCAUUGCAUCAGCUAAAGCUAACCCUUAAUGCUGAGAAGACUAAGUUGACGUUUUUUACAAAUAGACAAAUACCGAAUAUUGUUCCUAAACUAAUCACAUUGGAAGGGAAAGUCAUAGAGAUGGUCCAUGAGUAUAAGUACCUAGGUGUUUGGAUAGAUAACUCCCUUACCUUUAAAUCUCAUAUAGACAAACUGGUGAAAAAAUUAAAACUAAAGCUGGGUUUCUACUUCCGUAAUAAGUUGUGUUUUUCUUUUUAUGGAAAAAAGCAACUUGUCACUACUACCUUUUUAUCUGUACUAGAUUUUGGUGAUCUUAUAUAUAUGAAUGCUUCUUUAACUGUGCUACAAAAACUGGACUCUGUUUACCAUGCGUCUCUGAGAUUCAUCACAAACUGUAGAGCCAUAACACAUCACUGUGAAUUAUAUUCACGAGUGAAAUGGCCGUCAUUGGCAAUAAGAAGACAAAAUCAUUGGUAUGUUUUUAUUUAAAAGGCAGUGUUUGGAUUGUUACCUCCUUAUAUUUGCACUUUAAUCACACGAAAAAAUGUUGAUUCCUAUUCUUUAAGGUCUAACGAUCAGUUGCUACUUUCUGUUCCUUUUGCUCGCACACGGUUAGGAAAGAGAGCCUUCGCCUGCUCUGCUCCUUCUGCUUGGAACCAGCUGCAGAAAACCUGGAAAAUGACUGAGCAGGUUUCACUAAAUGCCUUUAAAACCAAACUGAAAGCUUCAGAGACUGCAUUAGUAACUUGUAACUGCUUUUAAUGAUUGAGUGUUUUAUCAUUGUCAUUACGUUGUAACUGUUUGUAUUUUUUGCUGCCUCUUGGCCAGGACACCCUUGUAAAAGAGGUUCUUAACCUCAGUGGGUCUCUUUCCUGGUUAAAUAAAGGUUAAAUUUAAAAAAAACAAUAGCCA